AUGGAUGGUUUCGACCAUCGCAUGAAUCAGUUUGCCCAGGCUUUACAGACCAUCUUACAGCAUACUGCUCAUCUCCAAUCGGAGGUGCAGCAGUCUACAGCUGCCCCUCAAAGUCCUGCUCUUGAGCCUGUACCUGUUGUUCCAGCCCAUACUGUACAUAUGACACUACCUCAGCAUAUAGUGGCAAUCCUGCGCUAUGUU